AUGUCGGGAAAGUGGGGCUUUUGGCCAGCAAGGCUUACCUCGCGAAAGGCAGCGGAGAAAGAAGGCGCCAGGACAUGGGUCCCCAGACCCACUUUCAACGGAGGCCUUCACGAGCAAAACUUGGACAAGCUGUUGGCUCUGAUUGCUGCCAACCCGGACAAGUUUGUGAAGUUUGUUGAGUCACAGCGAGACGACACGCUGUGUGCUCAGACAUCGGCUGAGGAAGAGGAUCCCUUGGUGGCUCCGAUGUCCUCGACAGAGUUCAUGGAACAGACUUGCGAUGGCAACGGGGAAG